ACAGCUGUUUAGUGUCAGGGCUCACACAGCCCUGGUCAUGACUGGUUGCAGGACGUACUUGCGUGGAUUGGACAUCAGCGUGACGGCACUACUGCUGGUGUCGGGCGUGCUGAUGAUAGGAGUGGGCUUCUCCUCCAUCGAUGGCGGCGUCCCAGUCGCGGAGUUGUUUGAGCAGUUGUCCAGCACUGAUGGAUCCAAAGUCCUGCAGGUGUUUGGUCCUAUCACCGUGCUUUUGUCUCUGCUGGGCCUUUGUGCUGCUGCUUUGAACCUCAGGAUUCUGCUGCUGCUGUUUUGCGCCGUGGCGUUUGUGGAGUUGGUGGCUGUGACGGUGGCGUCGUCGCCGCUGCUUCACCUUCAAGCUCAGAUGGACGGCGCCAUGGACGAGGUGUUCUUCAAUGUGACGCCUCUCCACAAGGCGGAGCCUUACAUCCAGCAGGAGCUGAUCAAGCUGCAGACUUGGGAGUCUUGCUGCGGUUUGACCGGUUAUGGCGACUGGGAGAUGCCACUUCCUGAUUCCUGCCUGUGCGCUCCGGCCAGGGCGAGCGCACGGGAGCCGUGCACGCCGGUGACGCCUGUGACCUUUCAGGAAACCUGGGUUUACUCCAAGCCCUGCGGCCCUGUCCUGAAGAACCACGUCAACUUCCCAAUCAAACUCCGCAUCGCCAUUAUUUCAACCUACGCCACCUUGGCGAUGGCCGCCAUCGUUGUGUCCUUGGCGUUGGGUCUUCACAAGCACUUCAAGUCGACUGCUACAACCGAGUGAAACAGUCACGUCCGUGCCAAUAAUGGUCACCGUUUCAUAUUUAAAUAAAAAAAGACAACUUUA